AUGGCGGAGAAACAAAGCGGGCGGGACCCUGAAGGGGAGCGAGCAAGUUCUGAUCGCCACCAUGCGUCCACGCUGCAAUUGAACCACAUGAACCAGCAAAGCAAGACAGCCCUCAGCGAUGCCGACGAGAGUCAGCCCGGGCCCGUUGCACAGAAGCAAGACGAACGCUACGUGACCGGUACGAAGCUGGCCUUGAUCAUGACGGCGCUAUGCUCCACCAUGUUCCUCGUUGCAUUGGAUCGAACCAUUAUCGCCACUGCAGUACCACGUAUCACGGCCGAAUUCCAUACCCUAAAAGAUAUCAGUUGGUAUGCCAGUGCCUACCUGAUCACGAGUUGCGCUACUCAGCUACUAUGGGGGCGCAUCUACACCUUCUACUCAACCAAGACCCUGUUCUUGGUGGCGAUUGUAGUUUUCGAGGUAGGAUCCGUUGUCUGUGGUGCCGCACCCACCUCGACAGCUUUCAUCGUCGGUCGUGCCAUAGCAGGUACCGGAUCUGCGGGCAUCUUCUCCGGCUCUACCGUCAUCCUCACACAUAUAGUGCCUCUGCAGAGACGGCCUAUCUAUGUUGGUCUCAUGGGAUCGAUGUUUGGAAUAUCGUCCAUCAUAGGCCCAUUGAUAGGGGGCGCUUUCACGGACCGCGUCACAUGGAGAUGGUGUUUCUAUAUCAAUCUGCCCAUUGGUGCCGUAGUGCUCGCGGUACUCAUCCCCUUUCUCCACGUACGUCACCAGAAGCUUGAGAGUACCCUCUCGAGGCAGCUCAUCCGCCUGGACCCCCUUGGCACCUUGCUGUUCCUCCCAGCAGUUGUGUGCUUCCUUCUCGCUCUCCAGUGGGGUGGUACCAGCUACCCCUGGAACAGUGCCCGGGUCAUCGCGCUGUUCGUCCUGGCGGGGGUCCUUAUCAUCUCAUUUGUCUUGGUCCAGGCCUGGAGAAAGGAAGACGCUACAACACCCCCACGAAUCAUAACUCAACGCAGCAUCGCAUGCGGCGCGCUCUACGCCAUGUGCGUCGGUGGAGGGCUCAUCACCAUGCUGUACUCCCUGCCUCUCUGGUUCCAGGCGGUCAAAGGGACCAGCGCAGUCCAGUCGGGCAUCGACACCAUUCCCCUGGUGCUGGGUCUUGUCGCUGGUGCUAUCAUUUCAGGUGGCAUCAUCACGGCAACCGGGUACUAUGUGCCGUGGAUGUUCGUGUCCGUCGUCCUGAUGUCGGUAGGUGCAGGCUUGACCACCACGUUUACCGUCGACACGGGGAGUCCGGCAUGGAUUGGAUACCAGGCCCUCUUCGGUCUUGGGCUAGGCGUCGGCUUGCAACAGCCUAGCUUGGCAGCCCAGACCGUAUUGCCCGAGGUCGAUGUGUCCAUUGGCAUCUCAAUCAUGUUCUUUUCGCAGUCGCUUGGCGGGGCCGUGUUCAGCAGCAUCGGCCAGUCCGUCUUUGGCAACUUUCUUGCACAGAGCCUUGCUCGGGUCUCCGGCAUUGACGUCCCGGCCGUUCUUGCGGCUGGCGCUAUAGACCUGGACAAGGUUGUAGCAGCAGAAAGUCUCGCUGCGGUCUUGUUAGUCUACAACGACUCCCUGCGAAAGGCGUUCAUCGUGGCGGUGGCUGCUGCAGCGGCCAUGGUAUUGCCGGCUUCGGGGAUGGAAUGGCGGACCAUCAAGAAGGGCAACACCAAUAUCCCUGCCACAUAA